AGGAAGGUGCACCCAGGGGCGGCUUCAUAAACACCUCUGUCUCCUUCCAGCUCUCCUCCUCAUUCAGACAGGAGCACCCAGCCAGAAACAUGUGGAGCUCCGCUCUUGCCCUGUGCUUGCUAUUCACUGCCUUGCCUGGGGGAGAUGCUGCACUUCCUGAUCCACAGUACAUGUUGCUGGUGCCCACUGUCCUGCAUGGGGGAGGUGAGGAGAAGUUCUGCCUGCUGCUCACCCAUCUCAAUGAGACUGUUACAGUGACACUGACCCUCCACCUUCAGAGGCAAAAUCACACCUUGUUGGAGAAACAAGUCACAAAGAAAGAAGAAGAUGACUGUGUCACUUUUAUGACCCCCAAGUUAGAGGCGCAGGAGGUCGCCAUUCUCGCUCUGCAUGUUCAUGGAGACUCCUUGCACUUUAAAUCUCAGAGAAAUGUCUUGAUCAAACCUCUGCAGAAUCCCGUGUUUGUUCAAACUGACAAACCCAUCUACAAACCAGGACAGAAAGUCCAGUUCCGCAUUGCAUGCCUGGAUGAGAACUUUUACCCUAUAUCUGAAAAGUAUCCCGUGGUUUACAUUACGGACCCACAGGGCAACCGCAUAAACCAGUGGCUGAAUUUAGAAGGAAGAAAAGGCAUUACCCAGGAAUCCUUUGAGCUCAGCCCUGAGCCUAAGCUUGGGACAUACAAAGUGACGGUAGAGAGAGAAAAAGCUAAUCGUAUUACCCAUGAUUUCAGUGUGGAGGAAUACGUUCUACCAAAAUAUGAGGUUCAAGUCAAACUCCCACCGGUCGUUACUGUCCUGGAUGAGGCAAUACAGGUGACAGUGUGUGGCAAAUAUACAUAUGGAAAGCCAGUUUUGGGAAUGAUCAGUGUCCAAGUGUGCAGAAAGUUUGAAAGCCAUUACAAUUUAUGUGAAGGGGAAAAAGACAGUGUGUGUGAGGAGAUAAACCAUCGUGCUGGUCCUAAUGGCUGUUUUUCUGAAGUGGUGAGCACCAAAAUCUUUCAAAUGAGACGCACAGGAUAUAAGAAUAAAAUCAUAGCUUCGGCCAAAAUUACAGAAGAUGGGACAGGUAUGGAAUUGACUGGAGAGGGUUCUUCAGAGAUUAAAAACACCCUGGCUAAAGUGUCUUUCAGGCAUAUUGACUCCCACUAUAAAAAGGGCCUACCCUUGUAUGGACAGUUAUUCUUGGAGGAUGGGUCUGGAAAUCCAAUGAGCAAUGAGACAGUGGUGGUCUUUGUGGGUACAGAUGGAACCAACUUCACCUAUACCACUGGGCAAGACGGAACAGCAGAAUUCUUGAUUGACACCAGCCAUUUCCAGCAGUCAUCUCUUCAGAUCAGAGCCAGAUAUAAGGAAAGAGUAUACUGCUACAGUAACAGUUUUGUGAGUGUAUCAUAUGAGGAUACUACGCAGAUUGUUAAACAUUUCCACUCAAGGGACAAAAGCUAUCUGAAAAUCCAGCCCAUCUACAAGACUCUAGAGUGUCAAAAGCAAGAGAAUAUCAUUGUCCAUUUUAUUCUUUCCUCUGAGGGCGUUGGAGACACACCAAAUGCAGUUUUUUACUAUCUGGUAAUGGCAAAGGGAGGCAUUGCAGGACAUGGGAAAAAUGAGGUUGAAAUCUCACCAAAUCAAAAUGCAAGCGGGACCUUCAAAUUUCGGCUUACUGCUGGUACAAAUAUUGCACCUUCUGCCAAAUUCUUAGUCUACCUGAUUCUGAACACAGGGGAGGUCAUUGCAGACAGUAUCAGCCUCAAGGUGGAAAAAUGUUUUGCAAACAAGGUGGAGCUUUCAUUUUCCCCCAGUGAAGCUCUUCCAGGUGCUCCAGCUAAUCUCCACUUGGUCGCAGCCCCUUCUUCCUUGUGUGCAGUGAGAGCCGUAGAUGAGAGUGUUCUGAUCCUGAAACCAGAGGCUGAACUUUCUGCACAAUCGAUAUAUGAUCUGCUACCACUACAAGACCUAAGUGGAUAUAAUCAUGAUGGACACUUUCUUGAAGAGCCUCGGGAUGACCCUUGCCUAGAAAUGGAGCCCCUUUUUAUAAAUGGCAUUUAUUACAUGCCGUCAAAUCCAGACUGGGACACAGACACCUACACAAUCUUAAAGAGCCUGGGCCUGAAGGUUUUCACAAACACCAAGAUAAGGAUCCCCAUUGUCUGUGAAUCCAGAAGACAUUUUUAUCCCCACCAAUAUGUUACUGCAGCAGGAAUUGCAGCAGGAAUGGAAGCAGUACCUGGCUUCAGUUCUAUGCCAAGGCACCAUAUGGAGUUGGAAUUUAUUGAGACUGUAAGAAAAUAUUUCCCAGAGACUUGGCUUUGGAAAAUGGUUGAAACUGAUGCUGAUGGGAAAGCCGAUCUGGCAGUGACUGUCCCAGAUACCCUAACUACCUGGAAAACCGGAAUGUUCUGUACCUCACAGGAAGUUGGAUUUGGCCUUUCUGAAACUGUAUCCCUGGUAGCUUUCCAGCCUUUCUUCCUUCACCUUACCCUGCCGUAUUCUGCUAUCAGAGGAGAAAUAUUUACCCUCAAGGCUACAGUCUCUAACUAUCUCUCACAGACCAUAAGGGUGGGUAUUUUACUUGAAGACUCAAACCAGUUCUUAGCUAAACCCACAAAGAUACAGGAAGAUGGUUACUGUAUCAAAGCCAAUGGACAAGUCACAGUGUCUUGGGAAGUGACCCUUAAGUCUCUGGGAGAAGUGAACUUUACAGUGAGUGCGGAGACCCAAACUGGAGAAGGUCUGUGUGAGAAUGAGAUUGUUAGCCCAAUACAGGGUAGGAAGGAUACAAUCACCAAACAUAUAAUUGUGGAGCCAGAGGGAUUGAAAAAAGAGGAGACCCAUAGCACCAUGAUCUGUGGGAUAGGCUCUGAAAUAACUGAGAAGAUUCCUCUAAAACUACCAGAGAAGGUUGUAGAGGGAUCAGCAAGGGCCUAUUUCUCUGUCAUUGGUGAUAUUUUAGGCAAGGCCCUGCAGAACUUGGGGAACCUCGUUCAGAUGCCAUAUGGUUGUGGAGAGCAGAAUAUGGUUCGAUUCACCCCAAUUAUCUACAUCUCAGAAUAUCUGAACAAAACUAAUCAGCUGACUCCAGAAAUGAAAUCAAAAACCCUCAGCUACAUGAGCAUCGGCUAUCAGAAGCAGCUCUCGUACAAACAUACUGAUGGAUCUUACAGUGCAUUUGGACGUUAUGAAGAGGGCAAUACCUGGCUGACUGCUUUCACAAUGAAAUCCUUUGCCCGAGCUCGCGCUCACAUUUAUAUUGAGGAGAAUCUCAUCUCAGAUGCUCUUCUGUGGCUCUCCAAUAGACAAAAGCCCAACGGCUGUUUCCAGAGUGUUGGCAAACUUUUCAAUAAUGCCAUGAAGGGUGGCGUGGAUGAUGAAGUGACACUGGCUGCCUACAUAACAAUUUCUCUCCUGGAAUAUCCACUUCCGGUCACACACCCUGCUGUCCGAAAUGGUCUCUUCUGCCUGGAGAGCGCACUAAGUGCCAGAAACAGCAUCUACACAAAGGCCUUAAUGGCUUACGCUUUCACUCUUGCUGGAAAGAUGGACAUCCGCCAUCAGCUCAUACGGUCAUUGGAUGAACAGGCCAUCAAGAAGGAUGGCACAAUACAUUGGCAUCGCCCAGAGCUUUCUGAUGAUUCUGAAGUGGAAAGGUUUCCUUACAGACGGGCCCCUUCAGCGGAAGUAGAGAUGACUUCGUAUGUGUUACUGGCUCUCUUGUCCAAACCUGAUGUAUCGGCUGGAGAGCUGACCAUGGCUACCCAGAUUGUCUCCUGGAUCAUAAAGCAACAGAAUCCUAGUGGUGGCUUCUCCUCAACUCAGGACACAGUUGUGGCACUUCAGGCUCUUGCUCUCUAUGGGUCUCUCACACUCAGCCACGAUGCCAGGAGAACUGUUUCACUCUCCUUGGACAAAACUCCAAUCUCAGAGUUCCAUGUAGAGGAUUCAAACCGAUUGCUUCUCCAACAUAUUGCCCUGAAAGAAGUCCCAGGGGAUUAUUUGGCUUCUGUCAUUGGGUCAGGGUGUCUGUACCUUCAGACCACCCUGAGAUAUAAUAUUCCUAUUCCCAAGGAAGAUGCAGCGUUUACAAUAUCAGUAACAACUAACCCUGACACCUGUGACCAGAAAUCCUUAAAAAUAUUUAACAUUGCAGUCAAUGUAAGUUAUGUUGGCAAGCGGGAGAGCUCAAACAUGGCGGUAGUGCAAAUAAAGCUCCCAUCAGGAUACAUUCCAAUAAAGUCUACUGUGAAACAGAUGACUAUUUUCAACAGACUCAUUAAAAGAACAGAAACCCGUGUUAAUGAAGUUAUAGUGUACUUUGAGUUGCUCACCAAAUAUAGCCAGCAUUUUAUGUUCUUGGUGGAGCAGGAAAUACCCAUCAGCAACCUCCAGCCGGCCACUGCUACCGUCUAUGAUUACUACGAGACAGAUGAUAUGGCCGUUACCAAGUACAAUGCCCCCUGCACUGUAAAAGAUGGCGAAAACAAAGAACAGCAUUAGAAAAGGCAGAGGAAGAAGAAAGUGAGCAGUACCCGCCAACUAAAAGUGGAUUUAUACAAAUGAUCAAACAUCCUCUUUUCAACGGGCACAAAUGGAUUGUCACAGUUCCUCUGCCAACCUGAUUAUUUUCUAGAAUAUUUCAUAAUGGACAAAAUAUGUACAUUCCUAUUGUGAAAAGAAUGGAGAAGAUUGUAAUCUGAUGCCUAUUAAUUUUAUAUACAGUAUUAAACACUGUACUUGAA